AGUUCCGUCCUUUAUCUAUAUUGGCUAGCGAGGAAGGACCUAAGUCGUUAGUUGCUGCUGCUGCUGCUGCAGCAGCAGCAGCAGGAUUCCCUUUCUGUUGGAGCAGCGACGGUCGUGUGCUUCCUCCUAGUGUAUGGAUGUCUAAAGAAUCCCCACCACCACCGCAACCAUCAGGAUCAGCAGGAUCAGCAGCAGCAGCAGCAGCAGCAGCAGCAGCAGCAGCAGGAGUUGUUGUUAUUCCUCCUGAUGGUCUAGAGGAUAUACCUGCUGCUCAUGGACAUAUAAAUACACAGCAGCAAUCAAGGGAGAGAGUACUACAUCAUAUAAACAGGAUGCUGCCUAUAUUAGAGUUACGUUGGGUGCAGCAGCAGCGGGAGCAGCAGCAGCAGCGGCAGCAGCAGCAGCAAUUAUUACUGCAGCAACAACAGGAACAAAAACGCAUGCAAGAAGAACUUAUGCUGCAACAAGAAAGAAAGGUAGAGGAACAAUUAGCAGAGGAAGCAAAAGCAAUUGCUGCUUCCCUCCCCCUUCGUGCUGCACCAGAGAAUCUAAGACCCGAGCAGCAGCAGCAGCAGCAGCAGCGACGACAGCAGCAGCAGCAUAAGCGCAACAGUAAACAAAAAGAAGCAGAUAAUUUUAUUGAUGAUUCUAUAGAGGGAGCAAUUAGUGAUCAUGAUGAUGAGGUGUCUAGACACCGCAGCAAAAGGAAGAGCAGCAGCAGCAGCAGCAGCAAAAAGAAAAAGAAAAAAGAAAAAAAGAAAAAGAAAAAUAAAAAGAAAGAUAAAAAUAAAGAAAGACAUGAGGAGGAGGAGGAGGAAGAAGAAGAAGAGGAAGAAGAAGAAGAAGAAGGAGAAGAAGGAGGAGAGGGAGGAGGAGAGGGAGGAGAGGAUGAGGAGUCUGCUGCAGCAACAGAUGCAGCAGCAGAUGAUGAGGAGGAAGACGAGCAGCAGCAGCAGCAGCAGCAGCAAGAUGAGGAUACACCCAGCAGCAAAUCAAAGAAAGCCCGCAGGCUACAACGUACAGCAGCAGCAGAUGAUGAAGGAUUUAGUGAUGCAGAUGCUGCUGCUGGUGCUGCUGUUGCUGCUGCAGCAGCAGAUGAUGAUGAAGAUUCAGCAGCAGCAGCAGCAGCAGAUGCAGAUGCAGCAGCAGAUGCAGCAGAAGUAACUCGUACGAAGCGCCCUCGUGCUGCUGAUGAUGAAGAAGACAACGCCUUUGCUUCUGAUGAAGACGAAGCAGCAGCAGCAGCAGAUGCAGCAGCAGCAGCAACAGCAGCAGCAGCAGCAGCAGCAGAAGGGGAAGAAGAGGAUACAGAUAUGUCUGAUGUAUCUAAGAAGAAGAAGAAAAAACACAAAAAACACAAAAAGAAAAAACACAAAGAAUUAUUUGAGUCGGAAUAG